CGUGUUACGAUGAGGGUCCUGGGCUGCCUACUGCUGCUGACCCUCUGCAGACAUUCUCUCCAGCAUGACAACACCUCGGAGCCGGAGCCCACCAACGAGACCAAAGUCGUCGAAAAGGACCCUCUCUUCCCGGAGGAUCUGUUCACGAUGGAGCAGCGGCGCAACGGGGCGGUCAUAUUCCACAUUAUCGGAGUGAUAUACAUGUUCGUCGCCCUGGCCAUCGUGUGCGACGAGUUCUUCGUGCCGUCCCUGGACGUUGUGAUAGAGAAGUUAGGGAUCGCCGAGGACGUGGCCGGGGCCACCUUCAUGGCCGCAGGGGGCUCCGCGCCGGAGCUCUUCACCUCCGUGAUCGGCGUGUUCGUGUCGUUCGACGACGUCGGCAUCGGUACCAUCGUGGGUAGCGCGGUCUUCAACAUCCUCUUCGUCAUCGGGAUGUGCGCCCUGUUCUCCCGCACCGUCCUCACUCUUACCUGGUGGCCUCUCUUUCGCGACUGCACCUUCUAUUCGGCCUCGUUGAUCAUUCUUAUCUGGUUCUUCCGUGACAACCAUAUCUACUGGUACGAAGCGGCCAUACUCUUCAGCAUCUACAUGGCUUACGUCAGCUUCAUGAAGUGGAACCAGAACGUGGAACGGUUCGUGAAGAAGCACCUGUACAAGAACAAGGUGACCAGGGUCCGCAGCACGGACCAGCUCAUGCCCUCGCACCAGGCCGCUGCUCAUGCACUGCAUGGAAAUGCAGCCACCUCCAGUCAGACCAGUGUGGGCGGUGGCGGCUCGGCCGGAAGCGGGGUACCCUCGGCAGGGAGAGGAAGCGGAAGCGGAGGCACCGGAAGUGGCGGUGGCAGCUCUCAACCCUCCGGCAAUAAGUUCAGACAUGGCCUUUUACAGCUCAUGAUCCACACCAUUGAUCCUCUGCAUGAUGGCAAGGUGGAUGAGAAGGCGACACAACUGCACGCCAUAGCCUCCCUCAAGGUGCUUCUCGACGCCACAAAGCCUCACAACGGAGCCGCCUCGACGUCGGCCGCCAACCACGUCCAGUCCACGCUAGAGACGCAGUUGGCCCAACAGUCGGAGCCCAACGGCGUCGCUCUCUCAGGAGGCAUCGAGCCCUGUUUGGAUGACGAUGAAGACGCGAAUGAGCCCCUGGACAUGUCCUGGCCGGACACCGGAAGGAAGAGACUCACCUAUAUGUUGGUGGCGCCCAUCCUGGUCCCGCUUUGGCUCACGCUGCCCGAUACCAGGACACCAAAGGGGAAGAAGUGGUUCCCUGUGACCUUCAUGGGCAGUAUCGCCUGGAUAGCGGCCUUCAGUUAUCUGAUGGUCUGGUGGGCCAACGUCGCCGGUGAUACGAUCCGGAUACCCCCCGAGGUUAUGGGACUAACGUUCCUGGCGGCUGGGACUUCCAUUCCAGACCUGAUCACCAGUGUGAUAGUCGCCAGGAAGGGGUUCGGGGACAUGGCCGUCUCCUCUUCUGUGGGAAGCAAUAUCUUCGAUGUCACAGUCGGGUUACCAGUGCCUUGGUUGCUGUAUGGGCUUAUCUACGGAAAGCCAGUGGAGGUGAAUAGUGUCGGAAUGGUUUGUUCUAUCGCCAUCCUCUUCUUCAUGCUCCUGUUUGUCAUCAUGUCUAUCGCUUGCUUCAACUGGAAGAUGAACAAGGGCCUCGGCUUCACGAUGUUCAUUCUCUACUUUGUGUUUGUCGCCGUCUCCUUAUUUUUCGAAUACGGUCAUCUCACGUGUCCGGUGUAGGCGUCAUUGAACCUGGCAAGAGCACGCACAAAUUCAAGAGGUUUCAAGCCACCAUUUAUGUUAAAGUUAGUCGUUAAAGUUUCAUAGCUAAGUUUCCACUUUUUUAAAAUGUUUAGUAUAUAUUUGUAUGAGGGAAAAGUAUAUUUUUAUAGUGUUUCAGGUUUGGUUAUUUAGAAAACUAUCAGUGCCGAUGCAAUAUUCGUUUUCUUCAAUACAAAACAGCUAAAGUAAAAACAGCAAUAAGUACCGCUGGACGAAUUGUUUCUAUUUUUAUAAUAGCUACCACUUUAUUAUACCCUUUAUCCAUCGUUAUUAAAUGACACAAUAUUGAAAUUUUUAACUGACUGACUUUGUUGGAUAAAUACUCGUAUUAUAAUAACCAUCAAUUUUUAAAGUUCAAAUGUAGUAACUCAAAGCUCAAUGAUAACAUGUUUCUAUUGAUAGUACUUGUAAUUAAUAAUUAGUUUUAUAUUUUGCACAGAUAUGUUCGCACAAUGUAAUUUUAACAAUAUACAUUGUUAUUGUAGGGUACAACACUAUCAAUCACGUACACAGAAAAAGUAGGUAAUUACAUCAUAAUUAUAAUGUUCCACUUUAUACAGGCCAAACAAUUAUGGUAAUUUACAAAACUUUGGAUCAAUAAAUUACUACAAAUUCAAAUACCGAAACAGUGAUAAACAGUUUAAUCUAGCUGCACCAGUAAACAAACUUCUUAGGCACGUAAAGCAACAAUUUUAUCAUACAAUUCGUUAAUAUUAAUGUGUUGUUUGUCAUGAAUUCUUUUUAGUGUUAUAACAUUGCAUAACUAGACUAACUUGCAUAAUCAGACCUGGCCAUACUGGUAAAUUAAUAUCAACAUAUGGGAUACACAUAAUCAUUAAUUGUGAAGUAUUUUACUCCCUACUUACAUAAUCAGACCUGGCCAUACUGGUAAAUUAAUAUCAACAUAUGGGAUACACAUAAUCAUUAAUUGUGAAGUAUUUUACUCCCUACUUACAUAAUCAGACCUGGCCAUACUGGUAAAUUAAUAUCAACAUAUGGGAUACACAUAAUUAUUAAUUGUGAAGUAUUUUACUCCCUACUUACAUAAUCAGACCUGGCCAUACUGUAGGCGAUAGUAAUUAGACAGUGAACAUUAGUAAAACCUUUAAAUUCUGAACCGUAAAGUUAAGAAAAGUGAUUAAAAACCAAGGUCAUACCUUCAGGGCGAGUUUAAUAAUCAAAUUAACAUUAUUUUAUGUUAUUCAUACUCCAAACUAAUACUGUAAAGAUCCUAUUUCAACACUUGUUACUUUAGUAUAAGUAGUUCCUCUAAGAUGGUGAAUGUGUAAAUGACGCUUAUUUUAAAGCUCAAGGAUUAUUAAAGCGCUACAUUUGUUUUUUUGUGGAUUUCGUGAACAAUACAUUGUUUCAGUCAUAUUUAGUUUUAAGAGUUUAUACCAGAAUACAGCAUAAAUACGUUUAUUUUCCUACACCGAAAAGAAAACAGAAUAUUGCAACGACCACACUGUAAAAGCGUAGCUUGAUUUACAUCGAAACCAUUCAUUUAUUUGUCUUAUCAAUCCAACAAAACUGGUCUAAAAUUCGCGCCUAAACGCAUUUGUUACCAAUUAUGUGUUUGUUUCUAGGGUGAUGUAUCUAUAAGUUUACUAGAUCUAGCUGUUUUGUAUAUUCUGUACAGUGUUAUAGCGUAAGGUUUAACUCCAGAUAUAACAUAGGAUCUUCAUUUAGGGCUUUGGACCGAGGAGAAAACACCUUCAACCGAUUCUGGUGUGACUUUGUAAUACGACAUGUCCAAACAAUAAUAGCGUAACAAUUAGUAGGUCAAUUAAGUAUUUGCAUUUGCAAGUGGCAUGUGAAACUUGAAUUGUCCAUAUUUUUCAAUGCCGUUUUGUAAACGUGUUUUUGAUUGAGUCAGGGUGUACAAAGUCUCGUUGGUCCAAAGCCUUGCUUAUACUAGGGGGAUCCGUACAUCCUUCGAGGUGAAUGUUUUCAUUUGUACAUCAGUAUUGACAAUAUCUAUGUUAAAACAUGUAUGAUACACCAAUACUUCAUACUCCUGUUGGGGCCUUGGUGGGAGAAUGGCUUUAAUGUAGUUUGUAAUAAUAAGGAUGAAUUCUCUUACUCAUUUGCCAAAACAAACGUAAUUUGCGUUUUUCACUUACACUCUGGGAGAAGUUGUAAUUGAAACUCGGUUUUACGUGAUCAAACCGUAAAAUACAAUGAAUUAUUUUAGUUUGUAUUAUAUUACAAAGUAAUAUACUUUGCUGGCAGUAACUUGUUAUGAUAUGUGUAUAAAUUUAGUUUAAAUAUAUACGAAUAAAUACCUCAAACAUAAUUUUGAAAUAAGAACUAUUCUUUUUUUUAUUGAAUUCCAACGCUUAGUUUUGUAACGUACCAUGAGAAUAGAAAAAUAAUUUUAACUGUUUGGAAUUAAACUAAAUGUAGUUAAAUGACCACACUAACUAAGUUCAGCUUGCCGUAAUGGACGUAAAAUACUGUAAGUAUAACUUUAAAAGUUACUUUUACUUAUACUGCGACUUUAUCACGUAUAAGGCAAUAGAUGUUUAUUGAGAUAUGAAUUAUUACGUAUUUCACAUCUCUUCAUGUAACCUAGUUGUUUAUAUAUUCUCCAUAAAUGUACUAUGGAACAUGUGGUAAAUUACCUUUUCGAUUGGAGUUUAUUUCUGCCUGUUAUAUUUACAUUAAGUACGUUAUCCAAGUGGUGCCGACUCUCCAGUGCUCCUCGUGUCCCGGGUAGGAAGGCCCCAACGCCACCCGCUUACUCCAGUAGACGUGGUCCGUGCGCGUGACAGUAUUACAGGUCCGGUGGGGACGAUCUGCCGCUCUACUGCAGGCUGUGACGGUUGUCUACAAGCCACCAUGUACUUCCAUAUCAAUGUUGUUGAACUGUUAAUAUUGCUUUGUUUAUUUUUACUACAUAGAGUGACGUAGUCGAGUGCGUGUAAUGUACCGUAGUCGUGUCGGGCGAGGACAAGCAAUAAUCCCCCUGUGUCCGGCGCACGCGACGUGGCCAACUCCAGUCGACCGAGUGUUGUGCUUCGUUUCUUUCAUGGACGAUUUUCCACCGGUUUUCAAAUCGGGAGGACGUUUUUUAUUUGCAAAUAGCUUAGUACGUAGGUGUUCUAGAGUAGGUAUUUUGUACUGCGACAAUUACUAACUGUAAGUGUUAUAAAGGUUUAAAUAUUUGUUCACGACUCCUGUGGGUACAAGACACAGCCUUGCGGAUGGACGAACGAGUUCGCAGAAACUUCUGGUCCAUUUGACCUGACCGCGCUGGGGUCGAAGUCACGUGAUUUGCGAGUUACCGAUUAUAGAGUUAAUACUGUAUAUUGUGUGCCCAGAAUUAACACUUUUGUACCGCGAUGGGAACACGGAUGUCCGCCCGCUGUGUCUCGUACCCCGCACGUUUGGUGCUCUAUGUUGAAUGUUAUUGUUAUAGUUUUAUGUGAAUCCAUGCACAAACCGUUCGAAUGUUUUACUGUGGCUUUUGUUCUAGUGUAAUCCGACUUUAGGUGUCCAAAAUGUUGUGGUUAGAUAGGAGCUGAUGAUAAGAGCCUCUGUACUAAACUCACACAAAAUGUACAUGCAGACCGCAGAUUCCGUGAUUUUUCACUUUCCCAACCUCGACUCCUUUGUUAUCGAAGAUUCUGAACGAACUGCUAACAAUGAUAAAACCUUCUUAUAGAUUCCUAAGAAUAAUCGAAUUGUUGACGUUCCACAUAAAACCCACUUUGCUAAAUUGUCUUAAACAUAUUAACAACAAUUUUGUUACGGCAUCCAAGUUUUGAUAAAUGAAGAAAGGAGAAAAUUAGCUAUCCUCUCAAUUGUGUCUCUUUGAUUAUAAAUUGUGUUAUUUUAAUUGUUAUAACCACGUGUGUCCCUUAAUGCUGGCAUAAUGUAUGUGCAAACAAGAAUCACAAAAGUUGUUCAGCACCCACCCUGUAUUUUAUAACAGCAAAACCGAAUUACAAUCACUCUCGACCGGUCUGAUCUUUCCUCUACGUUUUGUGUGAGUGAAAAACUGGCUUCAUUCAUAAACGCUAAAAGUGCCUAGAAUUAAUAUUAUUACUGAGGUCUGUGUUGGAUUCUUAGCCAAUUAUUUCCGCUUGUAGUGUCACAGUAGCUACUGUGUGACAGAAUUGUGACAACAGACUUGUGAUAGAUACCUGCUGGCCUACUGCACGUAGCCUGUACAUACGUAGUGACGUCGCCUCACCGUCAUCUUCUCACUCUCAUCCGCUCACUGCAUUGUCUCUUUCUGGCAGACGUCAAGAAACUCAGUUACACUCGUAUGUCAUCUAUUGUGCCCUCUAAUUCUGUAUUCACACAAAAUAUAUAUAAAUUAAUAGUUAAUCAACUAUUAUUUUUCAACUAUACCAGUGCAAGCUGUUUCAUCAGCAAAUAUCGUAAAUUUUUUAUACGGUUCAAAAUUAUUUUAAGGUCAAAUAUGACUAAUAAAGUUAAACGAAGUACUUACAUUUAAAAUAAUUUAUUGUUCUUUCUUCCCAAUAAAUUAUGAAAUUCCAACUAUGACAUUCCGUACAGUCCACAACAUUUAUUUGUGAAUGUGUAUUUAAAUUAUAUUGAAUUAUGGUUAUAUUGUUUAUAUUAUCUUUAAAUUAUAAAUAUGUCUUGAAUUUAUAGUUUGAGGAAAAUUUACCGAUGGUAACCUUAUCUACCAUUCCUAAAACAAACUAUUUACUGAAAUUAUAGUAAAUAAAAAUUGAAUUUUUAUUGUUACAUUUUUUUCACAUGGAGUGUUAUUCUGUAGCAAAAUUUGGAAAUCCCAAUGGCUAGAACAGAAAGAGGCAUUGUUGUAGGUCUUCCAUCGCAUACUUUUUACAUAUCAUCUUCUCACCUUCAACGUUUAAAAGAAAGAACUAAAACUCAUCUAAUUUCUUUUCGCAUGUUUUAAUCUUAAUAUUACUACAUAUAGUCUCAAUUGAGUGGUACAACCUUGUGGGAAACCCGUAGUGACUCUACCUUUAGAAGAAUCGAGCCUAAUCUUUUAGUAAAGAGUUGUGGUUUUUUUACAUUGUGCAUGUCAGUCUUUCUAACUACGAUAUGGUAAUGCAGACGACUUAUAGUCUUAGACAUGUUGUUACGAUUUUUUAAACUAUAUAAAUAAUUAGGUUUUUCAAAACAACAUAAAAAGCUUUGUUCAUCUCCGCCCAGGAAUUGCAAAGACGUGAGCAUUAAUAUUGCAGGAAUUUAAUUCCUAACCUUGACAACGAUCCUGUAAGAUUGUUUAAGAAUAUUCCCCUGUAUUUAGGUAGAUUCACAGUUUAAACCCUUAUAGAUUAUGUUCUGUUUUUAAAGUGCGUACAAAUAAAACUAGAUCGAUACUUUUCAUUUUAUUUAGUACAGUUUUUUGUAUGUUUUACUCCAUAUUUUUUGUGCUUAAGCAUAACACUGAAUAUUUAAUGAAUACUUGUGUGUAUCCAGUAAUUAAAACUAUCAAUAUAUCGUAGACAUUUAACUUAAAUUUCUAGAUGAUAUUUUCAAUACAAAUCUGUUUGAAAUUUUACAAUACUUUACACACUACGUUAAUUAUUUUAUUCCAAACUUCAUUCAUAAUCAUUAACAUAAAAACAUGGUGUGAAUUCCUUGAACUUUAUUUUAAUAAAUUAUACACACAAAUUUAUAUAUGUUAUAUAAAUUUAUAUAAUUCUUUUAUUUCGUGGACUUCCAAAAGCCUUCUAUUUUUACCACAUUAUUAUGUGGUUUAUUAGCAGAUCGUAAUUCAAAUAUAAUGUCAGAUAUCAGUUUUUAAGCGUGCGAGUAUACUUUAUUGUAAAUAUAUAAUUGGUUAAGUGUCAUAUUUAUGAACAUAUUGAAGAGUGGUAUAUAGUAACCAUCAGUUUUAAAAUGUUUUUGGUUUUGUUAUUAUACAAAAGUAUAAUUCGUUUUGCUCAAAUACUGCACCAAAAUUUGUUAAAUAACAAUAAACUGGUGAGUCUUUACUAAUCAUGGAGUUCCGCUAAGUGUUAAAGUACAUUAACCUACCACUCGUAUUCUGAGAAUAGACCAACAUUAAACUCCCUCUUAGAAUCAAGUAAAGUCAUAUAGUUUUAACCGUGAGACUCCAUAGUACUUAUAUAAGCUGAUUUGUAGAGAUUAGAUUUCGAACCUUUUCGGCAAUUUAGAGCACGAAGUGAACAUAUUUUUGUAUUUUUAGUGUUUAAUUUUGCCACAAAACCUUCUAGCGUAGAAAUUAUAUUUGAAUCGUGUGAUCGGAUGCUCUCUAAUAGGCGCGAAAGAAUUUUAACUUAGAAGUUGAAAGGGAGAAAUUUAGGAAAGUUUUCAUAUUCAGCGAAACACGAUAUUUUGACAAGUCCUAAUACCGCUUGACCCCCUUCACGUUGCUCAAUACUGCACGGCUACAUGAUGACCAAGGCUUUUUGCAUAGUCAUACAGUAAUUUAGCACCUCACACACUCUUAAGCUAUGAUUAUAUACAAUUUUAAAUAAUAAAUAGCGAUAUACUAUGUCAGCGUAGACUCUCGUACUUAGAAUUACUAAUAUAAAUAUUUAGUCUUAUCAUGUAAUUGUUAAUAUAUCUAUAUAUAUAGCGACUAUUUUUAAAACUUUAUUGUACUAUCGGUUGAUUGUGAUAUUCUUUAUGCUUGUUAUUCUAGUAGAGUGGGAUUUAUUUCUCUAUCAGGCACGACGGGUGGUACGACUGGUUAUGCUUUACUUAACAGUUUUCCUUUUAAAUACUUAUACUGUGGGUUAAGGAUCAACGCUAUUAGACUAAGUUAUCCUAGAUAAAUUGUUUAAUUGGGUUGUGUCGCAGCAGAUUAUUUAAAAUGUGAUAACAACACAUGUUAACUUUCAAUUGUAUGUAUAAAGUGAUUCCGGUUAAAAGGUUAUUUAUUGCCGCUUCAUAAAAACUGUUUCACUCAUUAAACUGUGUAACUCCACUAUAGAAUUUAAAAUAUUAAAUGAAUAAAAUGACUAAUAACUCAUUAAUGUUAAAUAGUGAUAAAAUAAAAGGUUAUACAAUAGUGGUUGAGAUUAUUAUUGGUCUUGUGCAAUUGUUAUAGAUUAACUGUACUUACAGUUACUUUAUGUCCUAUUUAUAUAGUAUCGCUUCUAUUUCAUUCAUGUUAUGUUAAUUCAUAUCCUUAGUAAGACAGUGGCGAUUGUAUGAAUUGUAUAACUUUGAAAAGAGUGCUUAUGAAUAUAUUUUGAAAAAUUUGGGGCUAUGUAAUUCUUUCAACAGUAAACAAACAAUGGAUUGUACUAUAAAGAUAAUGCAACAGAGAUAGAUUUUAAGGAACUUAUUGAGAUUAAUAGAUUUGAAAAUAAUUUGUAAUAAGAAAAAAAUAUUGUACUGGUAAACUAUAAAACUUACUGAUGAGUAGGAAUACUUUUGGUUACAAUUGGUGGGAUUACUUCGUUUAGAAAUUAUAUUCAAUUCAUUAAUACUUAUAAGUACUAAUGAAUAUUAAUACUACAAUUUAAACUUCAGAGUUGCUAGAGAGCAGAUCAAAUUACUUCUCUUGAAAGCUGAUUAUUUAGAACUGAUAAUGCAAGGCUGCGUACAUACACGUGGGUGGUAACCAAUGAAACUAACAUGCCGAAUUAGGUUCUCUUAGCUUUGAUUGUGCUGAGGAUUCUUUUGUGGCAUCAUUGAACACUAACAUGUUAUGUAAUUAGUCCAUCUUGUUAUCAUAUUUCUUUUAUAUUGUGACAAUAUUUUAGCUAUUCAGACCUGAUAAUAAAAGCAUUAAGGAAGA